GAGGGAAUCAGAAGAGAACAGUUUAAGAAUCUUGGCUCAGCCUGGGCAUAUUUCCGCCUAACUCUGGCUAAACCUCAGCACGAAGGGCUGGAUGAGGAGUUGUCGAUGUGAAGCCGGGGAGGGAGGGAGGCUGCAGGGCUCUCCAGCACAAUUACAGCAGAGCCUGGACAGGCUGAAACCAUGCUUUUCCUUUGGGCAGUGGCRUUUGUUCUAGUCCUACAGGAGCAAGAUCUUUUAGCUGCUGCAGACCCUGUCAGUAUGGUACCUGGAAGUUUAGAAGGAGAAAGCUGGUGUAAUGAACAGAUGAUCCAUGAACGCUUAGAUAUUAUUGAAGAGAAGGUAAUAAAAACAGUGGAGCACCUAGAAUCAGAAGUCAAAUCACUUCUCAACAUCAUCAGUGAGACAGCAUCGAAUAUCCCCACCGUUCCAGGAACUCCACUCAUAGACAUUCUUGAUGACACCAGCUGAGCACUGCGAAGACAGAAGACMGCUGAAUGCAACAGUGUGGUUGUCAGUUGCACUUCUGAUCAUUUAAUAAGCUUGUGUUUCCAGGAUUUGUGCAGGGAUGAACAAUCCUCAGCUGUAGUUUGUCUUCUGUGUUGUUGUGCUUGUAAUAAAAAGGCUUUUAGACACUGCUUCAAACUUGGUAUUCUAAAUCUUUCMGCAGCCCAACUUCAUCAAAACUGCAUUUCAAAUACAACGUUGUCAUUAAGAAAAAGGACCAGGUGGUGUCCAGGACUAAAGSACAGAUAACAAACUU